GCUCGUGAUGGCGGCGUUUGUGGAUGAGGCGGCGUUUACGGCUGCGGCGCAGCGGAUUCGGGAUGCGCGGCAUUUGGCGUUGGAUAACGAUGCCAAGCUGGCGCUCUAUGGGCUUUACAAACAGGGUUCAGAGGGUCCCUGCAACAUGCCCAAGCCUGGCAUUUUUGACUUUGCAGGACGAGCCAAGUGGGCUGCUUGGCAAGAGCUGGGCUCGUUGGAUCAGGCCGUGGCACAGGCGCAAUAUGUGGCACUUGUCAAUCAACACCUCGGCUUAGCGCACGUUGCGGAUGCUGCAGCCGGCGAAUCGUCAUCUGGGUCUGAGAGCGAGAGCGAGUCUGCUGCUAGUGAUUCAGAUGGUUGUGACGUUGAGGAUGAGACAGUGCAAAAGUCGAACAACGAGGACGAUAAAGGCGCUACUUCGCUGGGUGCUGUGCAGUCAACCUUGUUGCCACCCGAGUCGGGUCGCUUGCCUGCUGACAUGUCUCUGCACGAGCUUGCCGCUGACGGCCAGUUGCCCGAGCUUCAGGCGCGUUGGGCCGCUUCCGACUUGGAUAUCGAUGUUCGUGAUGAAGACGGCAUGACAAUGUUGCACUGGGCCACCGACCACGGUCAGACUGCCGUCGGCAUCUGGCUGAUUGAGCAUGGCGCCAAUGUCAACCUUCCGGAUGCCGAAGGAACCACAGCCUUGCACAAUGCUUGCUAUGCACAACGGCAGGAGCUGGUGUCUCGUCUCUUGGCUGCCGGUGCCGAUCGGACUGCAGUCAGCGGCGAUGGUGAACUAGCCGAAGACAUUUGGCCCGCUGGCUUUGCCAAGUCCUAAGCGAGAUUGCCCACCCUUUGUGUCAAGUCCCCGCUUUACCCGCACACGUUGUUGUAAUGGCCAGAGCCCGCCUUGUAUUCUUCUCGGACGUCUGUAUGAGAGUUUGGAGUGUGUGCGUCAUGGCGGCGUCCAAAGUGUUUUUUCCCUCUGUUCUACAGGGACGGCGGCCGAGCCGCCCGGUUGCCUGCAAGCGAACAGCCCACGAUGGGCAUGCAUCGAAUCAAUAAACGGC